AUGGAUAUUGAAGUUCAAUCUAGAUCAAAGAAUAUUAAAUCAUAUUCGUCGAAUGAAUUAUCUCCUGACUCAUUAGUAGAAGAAUUAAUUCAUGAAUUGUCAUUUGAUAACAAACUCUCACCUUAUAGAUUAAGAUUAACAAGAUUAGAUAAUGGUAAACAAGUACCAUUAAUUCCACAUAAGACUUUUCAUGAAAAUGGUAUUUCUGAAAGCUCAGAGAAAAUAGGUUUAUUUGUUAAAGAUUUAGGUCCCCAAAUUUCAUGGAAAACAGUGUUUUUAGUUGAAUAUUUUGGUCCAUUUAUUUUCCAUCCUAUAUUUUAUUAUAUUCAAUCAUUAUAUAAUACUAUUGAUUUCCCACAUACUGAAACUCAACAAUUGGCAUUUGUUAUGGUUUUGUUACAUUUUUUCAAGAGAGAAUAUGAAACUUUAUAUAUUCAUAAAUUUUCAAAUUCUACAAUGCCAUUGUUUAAUAUUUUUAAAAAUUCAACUCAUUAUUGGAUAUUAAGUGGUUUUAAUUUAGCUUAUUUUAUAUAUUCACCAGAAUAUAAUAAUGGAAUAUCUAAAUAUUUAUUUCAUACAAGUAAUCAUUCAAGUUUGAUUAAUUAUUUACUAUUUGGAGUUUGGAUAUUUGCUGAAAGUUCAAAUUUUAUUACUCAUAGAAUAUUGAGUAAUUUACGUGACAAAGAUACUAAAAAUUAUGUUAUUCCAUUUGGUUAUGGUUUUGAUUUAGUUUCAUGUCCUAAUUAUUUCUUUGAAAGUGUAUCUUGGCUUGCUUUUGCUUUAUUAGUUAAUAAUUGGUCGGCAUGGGUAUUUUUUUUAGUCAGCUCUGGUCAAAUGUAUUUAUGGGCAAUUAAAAAACAUCAAAGAUAUUUAAGAACUUUUGGUGAUGACUACAAGAAGUUAAAAAGAAAGAUUUAUAUUCCAUUUAUUAUUUAG